AUGCCCAAUAAGCACUGGCUCCGAAAGCCCCCAGCUGUCUGGGACAAAGACGGAACCACGCCGGAGCUGCGUAGGCAGGUCGCCGGACGCUUAGAGCGCUGGCACGACAUGUGGAGAACAGCAAAAGAGGCCUUAGAGUACACACAAAAGGGCAACGCCUGGUGGUACAAUACGAAGAGGUCAGAACAACACUUCGCCGAGGGGGACUCAGUCCUCCUGCGGGCCAAGAACCUGAUGACGAGCCGUCCUUCAAAGAAGUUUGACGCUCGCUACCUUGGACCAUUCGUGGUACUCAGGAAGAUAGGAAAGCUGGCGUACAGGCUGAAGCUCCCCCUAUCAAUGGACAGAGUGCACCCGGUGUUCAAUGUAUCAUUACUUGAGCGCUGGAGGGAACCCCUGGAGAACAGCAGGUUUCAGCCAGGUCCUAUCAGUAUACCGGAAGACAUUCUGCCUGGCGACAGGUAUGAGGUCGAAGGUAUACUGUCACACCGAGACACUGUAGCCCAAGGAAGGGAGUACAGAGUCAAGUGGCUGGGUUGGCCCAACGAAGAGGCAACCUGGGAACCACUUGACCAUCUCGACCACUGCGAUGAGAUCCUUCAGGAUUAUCACCAAAGCGUUCGCGCGGGUGAUCCAUCGGCGGGUGACCGGGCAGUGCCCGGGGAACCAACGCUACCAAAGCGUAAGAGAGGACGUCCUAAGAAGUCCGCCUCCUAA